AUGGUCAAGGCUGUUGCUGUCGUCCGUGGUGACUCCAAGAUCACCGGCACUGUCACCUUCGAGCAGGCCGACGAGAACUCUCCCACCACCGUUUCCUGGAACAUCAAGGGCAACGACCCCAACGCCAAGCGUGGCUUCCACGUCCACCAGUUCGGUGACAACACCAACGGCUGUACCUCCGCUGGUCCUCACUUCAACCCCUUUGGCAAGACCCAUGGAGCUCCCGAGGACUCCGAGCGCCACGUCGGUGACCUUGGUAACUUCGAGACCGAUGCCGAGGGUAACGCCGUCGGCUCCAAGCAGGACAAGCUUAUUAAGCUGAUUGGUGCUGAGAGCGUUCUGGGCCGGACCCUGGUCGUUCACGCCGGUACCGACGACCUUGGCAAGGGUGGCAAUGAGGAGUCCAAGAAGACUGGUAACGCUGGUGCUCGUCCUGCCUGUGGCGUCAUUGGUAUCGCUGCUUAAGCGCCAAUCAACUUUGAUUAGCAUAAAAGUGCUUGGAUCGUCUUCAGACUGGGAAUAAGUAACAGAAUGAUAUUUGUUCGAGUACCAGAGGAAACUAUCCAAGAAAGGGG